AGUAAUCAACAAAGAAAAAUGCUUAGCUAUACACGAAAACAUAACAGUAAUCCAAACCUCCAAAGUAAAAGUCUGAUUUAAAAGUUCACUUGACAAGUCCACUUCUGAAGCUUCUGCCAUCAGAAAUAUGAUACACAGUCUUUCAUCGUUUCUGCUCCCUAUUUAUAUUAUUUAUGCCAGCCCACAUCGAUUACAGGCAGAAAAACGAAAAAACCUGGACAGAAAAAGUGCACUCCUUACAAAUCUGACCAUCAUUUAAAGACGUUCCAUUACUAUUCUCAUCCAAAACUUACAAAUAUUUCAAAAAAUUAAAACAUAGGCAGACUCAUCAGGUUUUACAUGACAUUGUACAUUUUUUAUCAGUUUGGUCAGGACUUCACAACCCUAAGUCUGGCAGAACUUAUAAAUACUGAGCUAGUCAAAAUGGUCAGGUAUUCCUCACAGUCAGGGAUGUGCGUUAGGAAACAAAAAUGGCCCACUCUUUCCUUUCAUUCUUAAUCUUCAACAUUUAUGUGAGUGGAGCCCAUCAGUGACGCCGUUACAUCAAAGGAAAAAACAGUUAUGAGAUUCUCACAUCCACGCAAAACUCUCCCAUCCGACAAUGCUUUUCAUUCUCAUUCAACAAAAAUUUUAAUAAUAUAUCAGCAGGUUUGUAACAAUAUUCUCCCACCACCUGAGAAACUAAGCCAGUUAUUAAGAGACUAUAAGACUUUUCAUAGCAAAGUAUCAACAAGUAAACAGCUUAUAUUCAAACGCAGUCUUUAUAUUGAUUUGUAUGUGUAUCCAUGCCCAUAAUGACUUCGGCAUCGUUCUAUAAUUUUGUGUUUAUAAAAACAACUUUGGAAAUUGUACACUAAAAACUAAUGCAAUCAAUUCAAAUUUAUAACACAAAUAUACGAUCUGUGCUAAUUUCCGAUCAGAUUUUUUUUUUUUGCUGGCGUCAGAAGCUGAAACAUCGUCUUGUAGGAAAACAUCUAUCACACACAAGCUAAACUUUUGGGGUUGGGACGAUUUGACUUGUCUUAGGACGAAAUGGACCUAGCUGGGACGAAUUGAUUUUUGCUGUGGGGUGAAAUGGCCGGACCCCCUUCCCCUUUCACUGGCUUUACCCAUUCAUUAUAUAAAAAAAAACAAAUGUACCCCACUAGACAUGGUAAAGGCUGGUUCUCAAUUUACAGGGCUCUUUCAGUAUUUUUCGAAAUGGCAUGCCAAGCGAUCGGAAUGUUACUUAAUAUGCAUUUUCCGUCGUGGGUUGAUGCUGUUGAAACGACCAUCAUACCUAUAGUUUAAACACUUUGUUUACAAAAAUGAAUAAUCGAAGAAGUUGACGUCAUGCUGGUAAGUCAGUGGAAUAAUAAGUACAAGGGAAGCAAUCACAGGUUCCUAAACAUGUUCAAACUUGUGUUUUACAAUCAAAUACUUCCAUCAACUCUUUACGUUGUCGUUGAUAUCAGUCACCAGUGGUCAGUGCAAGUAUCAGAAAAAAUGCGCAUGCAUAACGAUCAUGUUAUGUAUGCACGAAUCACUUUCGUGUUGCUGUAGUGCUUGUGUUGGCACACGUACACGACCGCACCAACACAUCCGAGAACUGACGGUGACAGGACCUCCAGAGUCAAAGCUAAGGCCAGACGACAAGCCAGAGUUCAUUUACGAAACAGAGUGAAGAUGGAUCAUGAGUGACGGUGACAAAAUGAGUUUAGAUGAUUAUGAUAUACUCAGUUUCCUGGGCGAAGGUGGCUUUGCUCGUGUCUACAAAGCAAAGUCAAAGAAAAAUGGACAGGAGGUUGCCAUUAAAAUGAUUGAAAAGGAAACAACAAAAGCACGUAGGAUGGUUGCAAGGGUGAGGAAGGAGGUUGAAAUCCAUUCAAGGCUGAAACAUCCAUCAAUUUUGGAGAUAUAUGAUUAUGAUGAAGAUAACAAGUAUGUUUACCUAGUGCUAGAGCUAUGUCACAAUGGAGAGUUUCUGCACUACCUGGACUCACAAGGAGGAGUGUUAACAGAAGAUGAGGCUCGAAAGGUGAUACGGCAGGUGGUGGAAGGCAUGCAGUACCUCCAAAGACAUCAUAUCAUGCACCGAGACCUUAAACUCUCCAAUCUACUACUUACUCAAGAUAUGAACAUAAAAAUUGCUGACUUUGGGUUGGCCAUACGGCUUACAGAACCAGAAGAGAAGCACUUCACUAUGUGUGGAACACCUAACUACAUGGCCCCUGAAGUGGCUAAGAAAGAAGCACAUGGCCCUGAAGUUGAUGUAUGGUCACUGGGUUGUAUGUUGUAUACCAUGCUGGUUGGAACAAAUCCCUUUGACACUGACACUAUACGUGGUACUUUGGACCGAGUCAUACAGGCAGAGUAUCACUUGCCUUCUGACCUCUCACUUGAGGCUUCUGACCUAAUUCAGCGUCUGCUGCGCAAAAAUCCUAAUGAGCGUCUUCUGCUUAAAGAUGUCCUCUGUCACCCCUUCAUGAGAGGAAAGUCAGUGGCAACACAGGACACUAUACAGAUGUCAGAGAUAUCAGUAGACAGUGGUUGUGGCACCUUUGCAACAACAUUGGGAUCUAGUCACUCCAGCAGCAAUGGUCAUGGUCACCCCACCACAGCUUUUCCUUCAAAGGCAGUGGGGUCUCGUAUAUCAAAAGAAAUGAAGCAAACAGUGGCAGAUGGGAUCCUAAUCAGCUGUCAGAGAGUGGUUAUCCUCUCAGCGAUCAGCGAUACUCAUCACCACCUAUCAGGGAGAGAGAUGGGUUGGAUAUGCGAUUUGUGGGAACCCAUGACUUCAAACCAGCACAAAUCUAACAGAGAUGUUAUAAGGAACUCAUCUGAGGCUGCCAUAGGACCUUCUCAGUUUGAUCCACAUCGAUACCAGGAACCCCAAGACACUUCCAGUUCCUUUAGCUGGUCCUUCAGUGCCAGCUCAAUAGACAGCCAUAGCAGCUUACCAGCAGGUGGCAGCCCUUUGGUUCCCAGAAGCAUGAAAAAUGGCCAGGAGAUCAACAUGUGGAUUCUAGUCUAUACACAGUCAGCACAAAGAACACUUCUAUCUCUCAUAGCAGCAGCGAUGAAGAGAACAAAGAGAAGGCUGCUGCUGCUGGUGGUGAGGGACACUGCAAACAAACCCACAGAACCAUUGAACACUCGGCGUCUUCGCCCUAUCAGACAGAAAACUAAAAAUGGUGUGGUCAACAUCAUGGAUAAUGGUGAUGUUUGUCUAGAGUUUGUCAAAAACAAAGGCAAGGAGCAAAGAGUAGUGGAAGUGUUUUUAGUAUCUUCUGAUGGGCAGCAGGUGACUGUGUUCCACCCUGGGGAUAGAGGAAAAGGUGUGGCUGUGAGUGAUUGCCCGCCAUUGCCAUUGUCUGCCUGCAAGACAUUUAUCUUCGAGUCACUGCCAGCCAAAUAUUUUAAGAAGUACCAGUAUGCUGUCAGAUUUGUAGGUCUUGUUCGUUCAAAAACACCAAAAGUGACUGUUUACACAGAGAUGGCAAAAUGCAUGCUGAUGGAGAACUCACAUCCUGCUGACUUUGAGGCAGCUUUUUAUGAAGGUACCAAAGUAUUGGUCUCCCAGAGAGGGAUUUGUAUUGAGAAGGCAGGCACAUCUUUCUUUCUAAACUCUGUGAAAUCCAGCCUUCAUCUCAGCCAGGAUGUUCAGGGACUUCUGGACUAUGUAGAAAAAUGUCGGCAGCAGUGCAUGCAGCUGGAGGCAGUCAUUAGUUCUGUGCAGAGCAAUGACCUUUUGAAAGAUCAGCUUUUUCCUGUUGUUGUUGGGAGGCAGCCAGAUGUGCACAGCGAUGGAGAAAGCAGCAAGGAAAGUUUGGUCUCAGGAAAGGUAGGCACUCUUUACAUGACAACCAGGAAUUCUUUGCAUGACAAUCACCUGCUUAAAACCAACUCUGCAAAGUCCCCAGCAACAGUAAGUAAGCUUUUUGUGACUUUUUAUGCAUUUGAACAAACAACUAUGUCAAUUACAAAUUAAGAAUAAUGUUCUUUAAGUAUAUGCUUAAGAGGAGUCAAUAGACAGCUAAAUGGUUUAUUAUUUUUAGAGGAUUUUUGGUGCGGUCAUGAAUUUAUGCAUUGCCCUUCAUCCCUUUCCCCAUCAUCCUUCUAUUGCUUUCUGUGUCUAUAUGUGUAGUUACUGGCAGUUUUCAAACAUACUUGCCACAAAUUAAAGUAUAAAGAUAAUGAAACUUCUUUUGAAUUUGAGAUGCCAUCCUAUACCCUCCUUUAGUGAUGCUCUAGCCUGCACUGUGAUAUAAACUGAUGCUAACAAGCUGCUGCAUAGGCAUGACACUCUGAGUACUAUACUCAACCAUCACUGCAACAAGCACAUCUUCUAUAAAGAACGGCACUUUCACAAUGGUCACUGAAGUAAUUCUACCAGUCUUCAUGGAGAGCACUGGCUUGGCUGUGGAACUUCAUUUUGGAAAGAUUGUUGACAAGUUUUAUGAUUGGACAUGGCUUGGAUUCUCAGUCACACCAUUAUGUGCUAAUGAUUCCAGCAAAGGCAUGAAGUAUCCGUCAGAUACCGCUGGAGGUCAAGGAAAAAAACUGGAUGUGACACAUGUUGUGAAGAACUUGUGUGGUACAGAGUCAUCAGCAGUGUUAAGAAUAAUAAUAAAUGUGUGAUUUGUUAUAGUGCAUACUUAUGCUUAUAAGGAGACAUGGACAACGCAUGAAGGAAUGGAAGAAUGAGCAACUGUGCUGAUGACCAAAAGAAGACAAAUAUAGAAAGUGCAAAGAACCAAGAGCGUCACGAUUCAGCAGAGGAGGACAAGUAGGGAAGUGGCAAUAAAUGGAAAAGAAGGAAAGUGUGUGAAAAAGGACUAGCAUUGUGUGCACUGUUGUUAGGAGUAAUGCUUAAGGGAGAGGUGUGUCUUCAGUGCAAUGGUGAAUAGGUGAAGAGGAGAGAGUUCCAUUGUUUUGCUGCACAGUAACUAAAAUCCUGUGACUAUGUUGUUGUUCUGGUGACAAGAAUAGUGAAGAUGCAGUCAUCAAAUGAAGAGUAUAUUUUUCUAGCUGGAAUGUAGGAGGAGAGAAAUAGGCAGGGCAGGAGCCUGCAAAGAAAUUAAAUCACAGACCAGACAGUUUGUACUGGAUGUGAGAUUCGAGUAGCCAGUGUAGAAAACAAAGGAGAGAAGUCUUAUUCUUAGUGGCAGACGUGCAGUGGAGCUCUGUACUUUCUGGAGUUUAUGAAUGAGGUAUGAGAUAUGUAUAAGAAUUUUUUUAUUUUUUGACUGGGUGAUGACCUUGCAGCAUACUAAGUAUGUUCUCUGCUGAGCCAGAAUGGGAGAUCAGUUUAUUCCUAUGCAAAAGUCUGCUCUAUCACCUUGAAAUCCACCUGCAUACCAGCUAUGAGAAACUGACAGAAGAAAUGCUUUGCUCUUGAAUGCUAGAAAUGGGAAGGGAAGGAGUUCCUAAUGAUGAAACCCACAAAAGAAUAUAGUUUUUCAUUUGAACCCAAAAUGUGCAGUAUUCGACCUGUAUUUUCACCCUAUAUAGAAGAACAUAUGAUGUGCCUGAAUGGUUUCACUGAGAGGGUGAUGUCAGUGUUGGAUAUUUGUUAGGAGCUUUGCUUGAAGCCCUGCUGCUGAGCAGUAAGAAUAAAUUUGUUUCUAGGAAAAUGCAUGUAUAGCUGGGAGAGGAUGCUUCAGCAUUUGGCAUGGCAUGAUCAAAUAGAAGUUUCUUACAUCUGGUGACUGUACUUCCUGUCCAGUAUCAUCACUCUCUCAGCUAAACAUUUCUUACCCUCUGCACCUUGAACCUUGAAUAUGCCUUGUGUGUGAGGAUAUUUAUUUUCAGUUAUAUAUAUGUACCAUUAGAAAUGACAGACUGGUACCACCCUCGAGCAGUUGGACAAUUAAUCUAAUAUGCAGUGUUGACAUCAGAACAUUAAGAGACAGCUUAGAAAAGUGAACAAGAUCUGAGGCAAUGAUUUAUUUCCCUUAUUGCUUGUUUUCAUUAACUUCCUAGACAAGCAUUUUGCAGACCUCGGGUUCUUGGUCAACUUUCCCACUUGUUCUAAGUAGUGUCAGUUUUUCUUACCAAGUUCUCUAUGGUAAGGGACCAUUUACUAUCAGCAUAAACCUCAAUAGCUCAAAACCUCCUAUGAGGGUAUACCUAUACCCAAUAAAUUAAAGUCUUGUGUAUUUUAUCAAUUUGCAUGCAUACCCACAGUGACUUCAGACAGAAAUCUCUGAUCAUAUUUUAAUGUGGGAACUCAAUUUCCCGCCACAUACAAUCAGUAGAAAUGAUUUACCAUAGUUUUCCAUCUGGUAUCAAAAGAUAAAACAGUUUCAAGCAAGAAAGCAUCACAGAUAUACCCUAACAAAAGCUAAACUUUAUAAAUAUAUAUUCUAAUAUUUCUAACUAAAACUACAAAUGGAUGGAAAUAAGAAAAAUCUCACAAAACAUUCCAAAAUACUUGGAAAAUCUUAUAAAAGUCCACAAAGUUCCAGUUACUGUUGAAUGCUGCUGCGGCAUACAUUUCAGAAUGGUACUGUAAUAUUUUUGAGAUAGUUUGGCAUGGUUUUAUGAAAUGCAUUUUGGGUUAGGAUACUGGCAUUCGUUCAUUUCACGUGCCAUUCACUUGAUAAACUCUACUGGUCAUGAUCCUGUACUAGCCAGUGGUGACCUAAGAUCACACCCUGUACCUAGUGUUGCUGAGAAUGUGUGUGUGUAAGAGAGAGAAAUUAUUUCAAUAUAUAUAUUGUCAAGCAUGAGCAAUACCUUGAAUUGCCCUUGUGGAUGAAUAAAGUUGUAUUUUAAA